CCAUCACGAGAGCAGAUGAAGUUGUCUUUGUUCUAGAUUUGUUUCUUCAGAAGUCCGAGUAAUAGACUGAGGAUAGUAUUUACAGCCCGGGUGGGAUUGCGACUGGCAUUUGCGCAGUGUUGAUCAAGCAGAGCCCAGGUCAUUAACAAGAAGCUACACUUCGUCUGCUGGUAGCAGCUGUGUCCGGCGACGACAACGGCGACAACGGCGACAACGGCGACAAACCACUACGAAACUACUCUACAUACAGAACAACAUGUCUUCUCCAGAACCAACGCCCGCUUCCGACGACUUCCAGCUCGAGAGCCAGCUGCAGUCACUUCACGAGCACCCCGAGCCGAGCUAUGCCGACGUACUCUUCUUAAUGCCGAAGUCUGCGCGCGCGCAGCAGGCCACGAUUCCGCUGCCGACGAGGAUAUGGGCGCAUUCGGCUUUGCUUGCAGUCAUAUAUCCCAAGCCGCUCGAGCGCCUGGGGCCGAUGUUUUCGUCGUCGUAUGAGCCGGGGAGGAGUAGGCUUGGAUUAUCGCCGAAGACGUCGUGCGGGCUCGAGUACGCUGUCGUGGAGGUUGCGCCGGAGAACGAUCUUGCGGUGCGGAAGCUGGUGGCGGGGUGCUAUAGACCUGUUGUGUUGAGGCGGCUGUGGGAGAAAAAGGGAGGGAAGCGGGAGAUGCUGGCGGCGCUGGAUGAAGGUGUGCUGCUGGCUUGUAACGCAGCUAUUGUGCGCGAGCAUGCGGCGACGGGGAGAACGCCUGGAAGUAGCGGCGACGGGGCAGAAACUGGCACGAUGCCUAUAAAUAUGUCGGGAGAAGAUGGAUACGCUACACCUCCGGAUCAAGGCACAGACACGUUCUUUUCCUCGCCGCUCUUGAGCUCGUCGCCGCUAUCGGCCGCGAUGAAUAACAGCAACGCGGACCCAGAGCGGUAUGCGGGGGACAUGACGUUGCUGCUGGAAGGCGAGAAAGUGAGUUUUAGGAUUCACAAGUUCUUGUUGGACUUACGCGCGCCGUAUUUCAGCACGAUGUUCCGGUCAGCGUUUGCGGACGCGACGGCGUCGGAGCAUACGUUGUCGGCGGAGUACUUUACGCCGCUGUCGCUGGCGGUGGUGGCACAGUAUAUAUACCUUGAUGACGCGGACUUGCUGUUUUCGUGGAAGUGGACGGAUUUUUCGCGGUAUAUUGCGUCGACAAAGUGUACGAGCGAUAUCAAUGCGCCCACGCAGGAGAUCUUUGAUAUAUUUGCAGACGUGCUUGUGUCGGCCAAGUUUCUGCAGAUCGAGUCGCUCGAGCGGUGGAUUAUUGGAUGCCUGGUGAAGAUAGGCCACGGGUUUGCGUGCACGGGAGCGCAGUGCACGAAGCUGCUGCCGGGGAUUGCAAACCUAGGACACCAGUAUCAAAUCCGGGAGCUGUAUGAUCCGUGCAUGAGUUGGAUGUCGCGACAUACGAAUGUGUCUGUGUUGUGGAAGCGGAAUCUGCUGGCGCUGCCGGACGAGGUGCUGCAGGACUUGGUGGAGAACGUGGAGGGCAAGGUGUCGCCCAAGACGGUGAUUCCGCUGUACCUGCGGAUAUACAGUCUACGGCUGAACACGGCGACGUCUGUGUUUAGAGACGACUGGGAAGAGAAGCUGUUGACGCCGCUGAUGGACUACUGCGGAAGCUACACGGCGGAGUGGUUUGCGCAUCCGAGGAUUGUGUUUUCUGUUGCGCGGGCGCUGUCGUCGACGUCGUAUAAUGCGAUGGAGAACCUGCUGAUUGUGAUUGUGACGCGCAAGAUAUGUGCGCGGACGGCGACGGCGAUAUGGCGCGGGGUGGAGUGUCUGGCGAAGCUGCUGCCGGUGUCGCCGAUAGUGGAGAUGCUGAGUUUACAUGUUACAGAGUGGUUCAAGCAGCACUGGCGGGAGCUGGUGCCGGUGAGUUAUGGGGUGAAGGGGGUGAAGGAGCUGACGACGAAGGAGGAGGAGUACGGGAGCAUGGUUGAUUUCGGGCAGUGGCCGGAGGACAGCGUGCAGAAGCUGAGUGCACAGAUCAAGGUGCCUGCAGCGGACUUGCAGGCGCUGCCCGAGGCGGUGAGGGUGGCGGAGAGUCGGCGAGAGCAGUGGUUGGAGCGGUGCCGGGUCGGGGAGGCGAACCGGCAGAUGCGGCGGUUGGAGCUGAUGAGGGCGCGGGAGAGGAUGGGGUAGUUUGUUUGUUUGUUAUUGUUUUGUUUAUUCUGUGUUCAUUCUGUGUUUAUUGUGUUAAUGUGUUAUUGUGUGUGUUAUUGGUAUUGGAAGGUCUACACGGUGUUAAUUGUGGUAAUUGUCAAUUGAAGAAUCCGAAAGCGGCAGACUAAUUAGCGGCAAUUAGCGGCGAAGUCUAAAUGCACGUGAUUUGCGUAUUAAGGGCAAGGGCGGAGUAUUUUUAGAAGCAGCUAAUUUCGGGUGGCAGCACUGAGCAGCAGACGCAGAAGAGAGAGAAGAGUGCUUUAGUGUUGAAAUGAGCAGUU